CGCUGUAACCUACGUAGAUUACGUUAUUCUGACUGUUUCUACGUGUUUAUUUAGGCGCCGUUAACGUUAACUGACGUGGUUGUUAAUGUCAACUGACAUGAGUGCACCUGUUGAAAUCAGUUCCAGAUGCUAGCUGGAUAACCAAACUGUCUAGUCACCAAAUGCAAGGAGUUGUCACUGUUAGAAAAGUACCUCACGUUUGUUAUGUUUUGUAAUUGAUACCCGAACUUCUUCAAGUCAGCACAGGCAUGUCUCUGAGGAGGAAGAACACUGCAGAUGGUGUGAUCACCUUCCAUGCCUCUUUUCCUCUCGACUCUUUGAAGUCCAGGGAGCUCAAAAGAAAUUUGAGAGAUUGGGCAUCAUAUGCAUCAGUGAGCAGGAAGACCUCGUCUCGGAGAAGUGUGAAGAUGAGGAGCACCAGUGGGGGAGCGACAGCUGGGAACAAGGAUGAGGCAUGUGCCUCUGGACCACGUCAGGGCCCCCAAAUUCACAGGCUGUCUCAUCCUCCCCUCAGACAACUGCAGGCGAAGCUGGAGGCUGAAAAAGAACAGACGAGAGUGAUUAUCCAACCUCUGUUGGACACUGAAAAUGACUUUGUAAAGGAGUUGGAGUGUUUCCUAGAGCAGUGCGAUACAGCUGAGUUGAGGAAGAGGGAGCUGUUACACAAGCGCUGGACGCAGCACGUGUGGAUACCCUUCGAGAAGAGGCUGCAGGAGCGGAUGUCCAGCCGCUGGCGUGAGCAGGCCGAGAGGCGCCGCAUCACGUACAGUCACUACAUCAAACACUGCAGUAAAAAGGGUUUUGUGUUUCUAGAAAACUAUGACCCACAAGAGUACAAUCCUUUCCUCAUCAACAUCAAAAAACCACAUUACCUCAAGCACAACACAUCUGCCUCACAUGAGGGGUUGAAGGAAAAGAGAGGAGCCCAUUCUUGUGAGUCAGGCAACUACACAGGGAGACAAACAAAGGAGCUACGUGAAGAUGAUCUGCCUCAUCUGUCCCAUCUCAGUCGCUCUGUAGCCCCACAGACUGACCUGGGCCUGCUGUCCCUACUGGCUGUUUCUCCACUCAGUGCCUCCUCAGAGCCUCCAGUGAAGGUUCAGACCAAGCAGAAGAAGUCCAACAGGUUCAGUACAAUACCAUUUCACAUCAUAUCAACUGCCACAACAGAUGGAAGAUGUUAUCGGAGUGGCUGCUGGUCCUCCAGAAGAUGACGUUGGCACAACCAGCACUCUAACACACUGCACACUAACAAUUUCAAAUUACUGUGACCCUGACCAACUAUCCACUUCUGACUACCUUACAGAGCCACAGCCUUACGCUGGCUGCAUCCCAAUCAGUCUACCACUUCAAGUUUGGCAGCAUGAAUCAUUUAGCAACCUUGAAGCUCAUGACUAAAUAAACAGUUUGAGCAGUGGAUCUUUUGAGUUUGACCUCUGUAAGACAUUGUAGUAGAUAUCUGGAACAGGUUUAUUGCAUAAGAGUUCUGGAAACCCAUGUGUGGGAUGAGUAUGACAGUCAAACACUCAGCCAUAGUGCAAAAAAAAAUAGAUUUAUGUGAAUUUUAUUCAUGCUACUUCCAGGAUUUGAAAGGCACACCUCACCUCAUGGCUGGAUCAUAAGGUUAACUUGGUACAUCACAUUGUACAUUAGUGUGCAACAGUCCAGAUGUGUAGUGUGAUAGUUCACACCAGGAUAUGUAUAGUAGAGCUCAACAGUUCAUUUUGGUUUAUGUAUAUUUAACAAGGCAUUUGAGGCUUGUAUUCAUAUUAAAAUGAAGAUAAUGUUUGACACAUUCCACCAUUAAGAGGGAAACAGUAAUGUAGACAUAUCUGUAAAGGUGACAGCAAAAUAUUUAAGGGAUUUAUCUGGUUAACAGUUAAGGCACAUGUGUCUGAUAAACCUUUUUCACAGCAGCCAUUUUGACAAGAAAUAGCAGGUAAACAGAGGUGUUACUGAUGAUUUUAACUGAGAUUCUGUUCCCUGACUUUAUCAGACCACAUAUGGAACAGAUUCUCAAUUAAUAUCAUUAGCAACACCUCUAUUUGUCUGCUAGUUCAUGUCCAAAUGGUUGCUGUGAAAACUGUCUUGUGUUUCUAUCAUGGUGAACAUGAAAGUAUUGGCAAUUAUAUUGACAUUUCAACUCACACAUGUCUCAACAUUGUCAUGUUCGCCAAUAAAUUACUACCUUUUAAGA